UCAGAAAUAUCAGUAUAAAGUAAAACAUUUUUCAUCAAAUUUUUCCAAGACCAAGUAAUUUUAUGUUCAUAAAAUAACAUAAAAUCAGAGCAACAUCUAAGCAACACAUAUUCCUCUGGGUGUCUAAUCAGUCAACACUGAUAAACUCAUAUCACUGAACCUGACACACGUUGCAUAGCAGACAUUACUGCGCCUAUUGGAUCUCCGUCAAACACACCACUCCCUUUCCUCUCUCCUCCCUUUUCCUCUUCACUUCCCUCCACAUUCUUUUGAAGACUUUCUCUUCCUCUCUUCAAUACACACUCCACGAAGUCACUUCUGAGAGUUGCGGUCUGCCUUGCAGUCAAAGAAACACUGGUGUUCUCCUGUGCUCUCUCUCUCUCUCUCUCUCUCUCUCCGUAUCGUUCUCUCUCUCUCCUCCUCCUCUCACACGCUCUCUCGUGCGUGCCUCAGUCGCUCUCCGCUGCUCAGUUCAUCAUGUUGGCUGGAGAAUGCUGCGUGCGGCAGCACUCUCUCUCCUGCCCUGGCGCGGGACACAUCUGUCCCACCCGCCGCAGCUGAGCACUCUUACAGAAGAAGACGAGCCAGAACGGCAGCAGCAGGAGGAGGACGAAGACGAAGGCUCAGGGGUGAGCGCCGGGGUCCAAGCGGACCCCAUGUUCCAACAGACAGUUUACCUGCUGGAGGGUCCGGAGGACAUGGUGUCAUCCGGGGGGCUGAAGUCUCCAGACUGGGUGUACGAGUCCUACUACCGUAUGACCCAGCAGCAUCCACUCAUCGUGUUCCUGUUGCUCAUCGUCAUGGGAGCAUGUCUGGCUCUGCUCACCGUGUUUUUUGCCUCUGGACUGGACAUGGAGCGCCACAUGGCCUUCAUCAUGACUGUGCCCACAACUCUGGCCAUUUUUCUCGCCAUCUUCAUCCUCGUCUGCAUCGAGUCAGUCUUCAAAAAGCUUCUCCGCCUCUUCUCCCUGCUCAUCUGGGGCUGCUUGGUUGCCAUGGGUUACCUCUUCAUGUUCUUUGGUGGGAUCAUCUGUCCAUGGGACCAGGUGUCGUUUUUCCUGUUUAUUGUAUUUGUGGUGUACACCAUGCUGCCGUUCUCUAUGAGGGAUGCCGUCAUCGCUAGUGUCCUCACUUCCACCUCCCACACACUAGUGCUCAGCAUCUGCCUCUCGAACUCUUCCGACCACAUGGAGGCCCUCGUCUGGCAGAUCCUGGCUAAUAUCAUCAUCUUCAUCUGUGGAAAUGUGGCGGGAGCCUAUCACAAACACCUGAUGGAUUUGGCUCUUAAACAGACAUACCACGACACCUGCAACUGCAUCAAGUCUCCCAUCAAACUGGAAUCCGAGAAGCAUCAGCAGGAACGUCUUUUGCUGUCCCUGCUGCCUGCCCACAUCGCAAGAGUGAUGAAGGCAGAGAUCAUUCAGAGGCUGAAGGGUCCUAACUUCGGCCAGGCGGAAAACACCAACAAUUUCCACAACCUCUAUGUUCAGAGACACACCAAUGUAAGCAUUCUGUAUGCAGACAUUGUUGGAUUCACACGUCUGGCCAGUGACUGUUCACCUGGAGAGCUAGUCUACAUGCUCAAUGAGCUCUUCGGCAAAUUUGACCAGAUAGCCAAGGAUAAUGACUGCAUGCGGAUCAAGAUUCUGGGCGACUGCUAUUACUGUGUGUCAGGUCUGCCGGACCCUUUGCCCGACCAUGCCAAGAACUGUGUGAAGAUGGGGCUGGACAUGUGUGAAGCCAUCAAGAAAGUGAGAGAUGCCACCGGGGUUGACAUAAACAUGCGUGUUGGAGUGCACUCUGGGAAUGUUCUCUGCGGUGUGAUUGGCCUUCAGAAAUGGCAGUAUGAUGUUUGGUCACAUGACGUCACCCUGGCCAAUCACAUGGAGGCAGGGGGUGUACCUGGACGGGUUCACAUCUCUUCUGUAACACUGGAACAUUUGAAUGGGGCGUAUAAAGUCGAGCCAGGCAACGGACAAAGCAGAGAUUGUUACCUGAAAGAGCAUGGCAUCAUCACAUACCUAGUCAUCAACCCGAAGGCAGAAAAACGGAGUCCCCUGCUACCCACUCGUCUUCGCCCCAGUCUGGAUGGAGCCAAGAUGAGGGCGUCUGUCCGCAUGACACAGUACCUUGAGUCCUGGGGAGCAGCUAAACCAUUUGCUAACCUCCACCAUCGAGACAGUAUGACCAAUGAGAAUGGCAAGAUCAACACACAUGACGUGCCAUUGGGGCAGUACAACUUUCAGCAAAGGUCUGAAAGAACAAAAUCGCAGAAGAAGAGAUUUGAAGAGGAGUUGAAUGAAAGAAUCAUUCGCACUAUUGAUGGCAUCAACUCACAGAAACAGUGGCUGAAGUCAGAGGACAUUCAAAGGAUAUCUCUGUUCUUUCACAAUAAGACACUCGAAAAAGAGUACAGAACCACGACUCUGCCGGCCUUCAAGUACUACGUCACCUGUGCUUGUCUCAUUUUCUUCUGCAUCUUUAUAGUGCAGGUUUUAGUCUUGCCCAAAACCACCAUCCUUGGAGUAUCAUUUGGAAUGGCUUUCCUUUUGCUCGCCUUAAUCCUCGGCAUUUGUUUUGCUGGUCACAUACUGCAAUGGGUCAAAGCAGCUUCCUGCACAAUGCCCUGGCUCCUCAGCUCAUCUAAAGUCAUCACCAACAAGCCCUGGAUACGACUUGCACUCACCAUGGCAACCACUGCACUUAUCCUAGUCAUGGCCGUAUUCAACAUGUUCUUCUUAGACGAAGAUACAAUGGUAGCACCGACUUCUCUCAACAAUUCCAACAGCAGUAUGGAUGGUCCAUAUGGUCAGACCACUAAGUUCUACUUGCCAUAUUUUAUCUACAGCUGCAUUCUGGGAUUGAUCUCAUGCUCCGUGUUCCUGAGGAUAAACUAUGAGCUGAAGAUGAUAAUUAUGCUUGCCGCUGUAGUGGGUUAUAAUAUCAUCAUUCUCCAGACACACGCCUCCAUACUGGAUGAUUACAGCACCGCCCUCUACAGUACCCAGCAACCGAACCGGCCAGGUGUUCUUAAAGAUUUGAAGACCAUGGGCUCUGUGUCAUUGUUCAUUUUCUUCGUCACUUUGCUUGUGCUGGCGAGGCAGAAUGAAUAUUACUGUAGGUUAGACUUCCUUUGGAGGAACAAGUUUAAGAAGGAGUGUGAGGAGAUUGAAACCAUGGAGAACCUGAACCGGGUGCUUUUGGAGAACGUUCUACCUGCCCAUGUGGCGGAACAUUUCCUGGGGCGUAACUGGAAGAAUGAGGACCUCUACCAUCAGUCAUACGAUCUGGUGUGUGUGAUGUUCGCGUCCAUCCCAGACUUCAAGGAAUUUUACACAGAAUCUGACGUUAAUAAGGAGGGGUUGGAGUGUCUCAGGCUCCUCAAUGAGAUUAUAGCAGAUUUUGAUGAGUUGCUGUCAAAACCCAAAUUUAGUGGAGUGGAGAAGAUCAAAACUAUUGGCAGCACAUACAUGGCUGCAACUGGGCUGAAUGUGACCCCUGGACUAGAGUUCGCCCAGGACCAUGACCGGCAGUACAUGCACAUUGGAACAAUGGUGGAGUUUGCUUUUGCUUUGGUGGGGAAGCUUGAUGUCAUCAACAAACAUUCCUUUAAUGACUUCAAACUGCGAGUGGGAAUAAACCAUGGUCCAGUUAUUGCAGGAGUAAUCGGAGCACAGAAACCACAGUACGAUAUCUGGGGGAACAGUGUAAAUGUAGCCAGUAGGAUGGAAAGCACAGGGGUGCUUGGAAAAAUACAGAUCACUGAGGAGACGAGUCAGAUCUUACAGACGCUGGGCUAUAUGUGUUCCUGUCGUGGGAUCAUCAAUGUGAAGGGCAAGGGGGAUCUCAAAACCUUCUUUGUUCACACUGAGAUGACACGAUCUUUAUCACAAGGGAAUGUAAUGCCUUGAACCUCAGUCACACACCAGUCAGUCGUUGACCUGGUAAUGGUUAAAAACAUGUACAGUUUAAUAUAACUUUGGCCUAUUAUAGUGGAGCUCUACAGCAUUCUGUUUGCACCACAUACACUAGAUUAUUUGCAUUGCUUUAUAAGUAAUGGAUGGCUCAGAGGCUCUGUGUAACCCAAACUUGUAAUUGUGUGUUGCUCAAUCCAUAAUUUAAAGCAGCGGACGUUUUUGUAAAAUAAAGAUAAUUUACAAAGGUGGCCAUGUUUUGAUGCUAUCAUUUUGUUAUCCAUUAAAAUUUAUAUAUAUAACGUCAAAGUGUCUGUCUAUGAAUUUGUGGUAGGUUUCAUGGGAAAUGUGUUUAAAUCACAUAAAAAUAAAUAAACAGAAACAAGUCAAAGAGAAA